CAAAAAUAGAAACAAAAAAAUAUAGAAUUCUAAAAAAAAUAGAAACAAAAAAUCGAAAUCAAAAAUAAAAAUAUUUCAAAACAACCAUAAACCGCUAUAAACGACCGCCGUCGAUCACUAUUUGUCGUUUCUGCUGCAACGCCGCGCAGUUAAUGCCAGCGUGUGCGAACCUCCAAAACGCCACGCAAACGAAAAAUUCCCAGGCUUUGCUAAAUAAGUAUUGACAGAAACAAACAAACAACAAAUAAUAAAACUUAAAAUUAAACACAAAACAAAAGCAACUACUUUCGUCAGCGUAAUAAAUUCUCAUUUUCUAGCUAAAACAAAUUUAUUGCGAGCGAAGUUUAAGCUAAAUGCGCUCACUUUCACACGGCCAACAAAACGAUUGAGAAAGACGAAGCAAACAACUACAUACAUACACAUGUACAAUACAUAUAAGAGCGCAAAAAAAUACAGAUAACUAAGAAUUAAAUUUAUAAUCAUUUAACUGCUAUCUUAGACCGGAAGGAAUUCUGCAUAUCUACAUUUGGUGAUAACAAAUAACAACAACAAAAAUCAUUUGUCUCAAAAACGUUAUCAGCAAUCGCCCACCAAUUGUACUCACACAUACAUAUUCAUAUUGUACAUACAUACCGGCAAGUAAAUACUUACAUACAUUGGUACGCAUCAAGAAGCAACACGUUGUGUGCCACCUCAUACCUAUCUACAAUACCUACCAACCACCGGAAAGCAUGUCGCAAUCGCCAACGCAAUUCAAAAACACCUUUACCGUACCAACGUCAAGUUGAAUGCCAACGCGUGUGCUUUAAGCAAAACUAACAGUACAACAUACGGAAUAAUAUAAUUUAUGGCAAUAAUCAAUCGUUUUAAUUUCACUUUGCUCUAUUAAUUGUUUUCUACACGCUCUAGCUUUUAUUUUUAUUUUAUUUUAACUUCAUAUUACAUAUUGUUUUACUCCAUUUUUUAGUUGAUAUGAUUUGUUUUGUGCGCUGUGCUUUUAAAAUUAAUUAACCACUUUUUUUUUGUGAAACAUCUUUUGUUGUGAAAUUAAGUGUAAUUUGUAGAGGGAAAGAAGUGCAAAGCAGUGAUUAAAAAAAAAAAAUUGAAGAAAAAACGCAAACACACACACGUAAUACAAGUUUAACUUACAUAUACAACCACCUGUACACCCUCGCCUACCAUACAAACAUACAUAUUAACACAAUAUGUCCGCCAUAACGUUUACGCGUAAACUACGCGGCCGCAUGCGCUCCAAUACCUGCCGCAUCGUCUUGCUCACGUCUCUGGUGUGGGUCAUAUUCGAUUUCGUACUACUCGCACACUAUUCGGAUUGCAUAGGACGCGAUGGUUGGCGGUGUAAACGGCCGGGAGAGUACGAUGUGGAGGUGCCAGAUGCACAAAAGCUUGUCGACGAACAAAAUAUGGUCGAUGACAGAGAAAUUAACACAGAAAAGAAUUUGGACGGUGACGGCGCAGGUGCUGGCGGUGGCGGUGGCAAAGGACCUGGUGGUUUUGCGGGCGGUGGUAUUUCCAUGACAUAUCGCAGUACGUUAUUGAAAAAAUGGCAUUCUGCACCAACGAUUAGAGAGGAGAAGGGCAAACAGGGUGAGCUGGGUAAACCAGUGAAAAUACCACCGGAAAUGACGGAUCUGAUGAAGGAGAAAUUCAAAGAGAAUCAAUUCAAUUUACUAGCCAGCGAUCUGAUCUCGUUGAAUCGUUCACUCACCGAUGUGCGACAUGAAAAUUGCAAGAAGAAGCAUUAUCCAUCCAAACUGCCAACAACCUCAAUUGUGAUAGUUUUCCACAAUGAAGCGUGGUCAACGCUGCUGCGUACCGUGUGGAGUGUCAUCAACCGCUCGCCGCGUACGCUACUCAAGGAGAUUAUCCUUGUGGACGAUGCCAGUGAGCGUGAUUAUUUAGGCAAGAAACUGGAGGAGUACGUGGCGAAAUUACCGGUGCAUACGUUUGUGUUACGCACGGAGAAACGUUCUGGUUUAAUACGCGCCCGCUUGCUUGGCGCCGAACACGUGACGGGUGAAGUCAUCACAUUCCUGGAUGCGCAUUGUGAGUGCACCGAGGGUUGGCUGGAGCCGCUGCUGGCACGUAUUGUGCAAAAUCGACGCACGGUUGUGUGUCCCAUAAUUGAUGUGAUCUCCGAUGAAACAUUUGAAUAUAUAACCGCCUCGGACUCGACGUGGGGUGGUUUUAAUUGGAAAUUGAAUUUUAGAUGGUAUCGUGUUCCUCAACGUGAAAUGGAGCGUCGCAACAACGAUCGCACAGCGCCUCUACGUACACCCACCAUGGCCGGUGGCCUAUUCUCGAUCGAUAAAGAUUAUUUCUACGAAAUUGGCUCAUAUGAUGAGGGCAUGGACAUUUGGGGCGGUGAAAAUCUAGAAAUGUCCUUCCGGGUUUGGAUGUGUGGCGGCGUGCUCGAGAUAGCGCCAUGUUCGCGUGUGGGUCACGUGUUUCGCAAAUCGACGCCGUACACCUUCCCCGGUGGCACAACGGAAAUUGUCAAUCAUAAUAAUGCGCGUUUGGUUGAAGUGUGGCUGGACGAUUGGAAAGAGUUUUACUACAGUUUUUAUCCAGCAGGUGCACGCAAAGCUGUCGCUGGCGAUGUGAGCGAUCGUCGUGCGCUCCGCGAGCGCUUGCAAUGUAAGAGUUUCCGUUGGUAUUUGGAGAAUAUUUAUCCGGAAAGUUUAAUGCCAUUAGACUAUUACUACUUGGGCGAGAUACGCAAUGCCGAAACGGAGACCUGCUUGGACACAAUGGGUCGGAAAUAUGGCGAAAAGAUAGGCGUCAGCUAUUGCCAUGGCUUGGGUGGCAAUCAAGUUUUCUCCUAUACAAAACGGCAUCAGAUCAUGUCCGAUGAUCUCUGCUUGGAUGCAUCGAAUGCGAUGGGUCCGGUGAAUAUGGUGCGUUGUCACAAUAUGGGUGGCAAUCAGGAAUGGGUUUAUGAUGCUGAGGAUAAAACGAUACGACACACCAACACUGGCAAUUGUUUGCAACGUCCGUCACGUAGUGAUCCUGUGACGCCGCUGUUACGUCCUUGUGAUUAUACGAAGGGUCAGCAAUGGUUAAUGGAAUCGAAAUUUAAGUGGCAAGCACAUUAGUUGUUGUUGUUUCUAAUCAUGAUAUUUACAAUUAGUUAGAUAGAUAGUUUCAUAUACAUACAUACAUACAUACAUACCUACGUAUGUACAUAUACAUACAUACAUACAUACAUGCAUGCAUGCGUGCGUACGUUUAAAUAUAUGUAAGUGUAUAUGCAUAAAAUAAAAUUUUAAGCUCUUUUUUUUACAUGUUAGUCAACUCUUUUUUAUUGUUUCACACUAACAUUUGCUGAUAAUGUAACUGUCAACUAAUUACAUAUAUACAUAAAUAUAUAUUAAAAAGAAAAGGUAUGCACAUUUGUAUAUACCUACAUUUUUUAUACUAUUAAAAUAUUAUGUUCACGCUAUUAUACGUAUACAUAUGUAUAUUAAGCGUUGUGUGACUAUUUUGUAAAAUUAGAUUAAUUUUCUUUUUAAUUUUUGCGUAUAAAAUGAU